AUGCCAACCGCAAUGGAGCAGACCGCGGAGGUUCCAAUCAAGAAAUUCACUCGACAUUCGAAAGCCUGCCGGCAAUGUCGCCGGCUCCGGACCAAGUGCGUGAAUGAUGGCCGGGCACCCUGUCAGUUGUGUCGGCAGAGUGGGAAGGACUGUGUAUUUCUUCAACGAGGCCAGCCCGACAAAGAUCGCGAAUUCCGCCGCCCGAGAGCUCGCACCUCUAUUCCUUGUAGGAGAACCAGCCCUGUCCCAACGUUCUCUGCGUCGUCCACUGAGCUGGACGGGACUUUCCAGACGAGUGAAUCCCCGGCACCGUUACCCGCACCGGCAGCGAGAAAAACAGAACACUAUUCAGUCACGCCCAUUCCAGAUGCUGGAGAAACGUUACCGCCCUUCGAAGAGCUGGUUGAGGGAGUAUACAUAUUCACAACGUCCUUCUUCCAGCUCGGCUUCUUACCAAAAACGUUAUUAUUUGAGCGGCUACGAAAAGACCCAGAUUCAGUCAGCAGCUUUCUACUGUUUAGCAUUUUGAGUAUCUCAGCUCGAUUCACCCCUUGCCUAGUCACCCGAUAUGGGGAUGGCUUGAGUGCGACCGACUUGUUUCUCAGUCGGGCGGCUGCGCUAGUGCCCGAGCAGAUGUAUGUUCCGACCUUGGAAGCGACGCAAGGAUUCUUCCUUUUGAGUAUUGCAGAGUGGGGCAAAGGCGACAAACAUCGAAGCUCAAUGCACAUGGGCAUUGCAGUGACUAUGGCCGGAAUCUUACGAUUACAUCGGGAAGAGACCUACCGUUUACCCGAUGAUGCGACGGCUGAGCAAUUCGUACACGCGGAGGCAGGGAGACGAACGUUUUGGAUGCUAGAGAGCUAUAACAAUCUACUCUCGGGUCUGAGUUCCCCUGUGUCAAUCUCAUAUAGUGACAUAUCUGCUCUUUUACCCUGUACAGAGCAUGAAUUUGCAUUUGGAAACUUGGUCACCCCCCGAGUACCCCUGGCUGGGACACUGCCGGCUCUUAAAGAUCCCUCACUUGCCCAUUCGGCGACGCGAUCUUUAUUCGCAACUCUCUUACAAACACACAAUAUGUGGGGCCAAGUAGCGCGAGUUGUUGGCACUGAUACAGGGCAAGAACUUCCUGACGACGAAGUGAAGUUGAGCCGAGAGGAAUAUACAAGGCUAUCGACCGCGCUAGAUGAAUUCGAAAGAAACACCCCACCACAUCAUUGCUGGUCAAUCUGGAACCUACGAGAGUUCAAAGCGAAAGGACUAGACCUGGCAUAUCUAUCAGCUGUGAUGGUGUUGAGAUUGAGUAAUAUUGUUUUACGCCGAAGAUAUCUCCACGACGGAUCAAAUUCCGAGACAAUCGAUCAUUGUUUGCAAACUGGACAUGACUCACAAAACCCGGACUCUGUUACAAUGGAGUUAUUCGAGAAUAUGAUAAUUCUUCACGAACAAAUUGAUGCAUUCUUUGACUUUCGUUCCCAUGACCAAGGCUUCCCAGCCCUGAUCGUUUUUUGCAUCUACGUAUGCGGCUCUUUGGCAAACCAUCUAAACCAACAACCAGAAAUCUGCCCAAGUACUGCACCAAGGGCUGAGGAGAUUCUCCGGAAAUCUUUAGCGGGGCUGGGGGAGUUGCAGCAUGCCUGGCCCCUUGCUCGACGUUGGAACAAGGCUCUCUGCAGAGCCAGUGCAAGGGCCCUCGACCGGGUCACUGAAGUUGAACUGACUGACCUAGCCGGGAACUCCUCGCUAAAUGGAUUAUCCACACCCGGGAGUGAGACACAGCAGUUUUCAUCAAGGGUUUUGCCUCGGCUGAACGAUCCGUUCCCGACGGACGUGAUGCUGAUGGAAUUCGAAACUUAUCCUUGGAGCGAAAUAAUUAUGGGCUCUAUGAAUCUUGAGUUUGCAACUCUAGGGUAA